AUGGCAUUCCAACAGAGCCAGUUUACAGUGACACUGGUAACCUCCGUGGUGGCAGCCGUACUUGGUUCCCUGCAGAUUGGAUAUCACACUGGGAAUAUCAACUCUCCAGCCAGAGUCAUUGAAGAAUUCUUCAAUGUGACAUGGAAAUCAAGAAACAACCAAUCCAUGCCGGAGCACAGUCUUACCUUUAUGUGGUCUCUUUCAGUCAGCAUCAAGGACUUCGGAGCCCUUCUUGGGGCACUAGGAGUCAAAGGCCUUGCUGAUUUCUUUGGGAGGAGGAACGCCAUUCUCAUAGUGAACUCCCUGUCUAUUGUAGGCGCAUGUCUGAUGUUCCUCAGCAAGGCGUCUGAGUCCUUUGAAGUUCUCAUAGUGGGCCGACUGAUUUUCGGAGUGUUUUGCGGCCUAGUGAUGAGUCUGAACCCACUUUACAUCCAGGGGGUCUCCCCGAUUAACCUCCGUGGUGCCUUUGCAACUCUCAACCAGGUUUCCUUCGCAACAGGCAUUCUCCUGGGCAUGGUGGUGGGACUGGAAACAGUGCUUGGCACAGAGAAGCACUGGGCACUUAUGUUCUCUCUGUCCCUCAUCCCAGCUCUCCUCCAGUACAUGAUCCUGCCCCUCUGCCCCGAGAGCCCACGCUACCUCCUCAUCAAUCAUGGCAAUGAGGAAGAGGCAGAGGCUGCCUUGAGAAGGUUGAGAGGAAACCAUGACCAGGUGAUGCAAGAAAUGGAGGAGAUGAGAGAGGAAGCCUCCCAUAGCGACCCAGGAGUAACUAUCAGGGAAUUCUUUAUAAGGCGUCGCUACCGACAUCCCAUAAUACUUGUACUGAUUAUAAACCUGGGCAGCCAGUUAUCUGGAUUUAAUGCGAUCAUAAACUAUUCAACUAAAAUGUUUGUCAAAUUUGAGGAAGCAAGAUAUCUGACACUGGGAGUGGGAGCCAUUAAUGUGGCAUUCACCAUAGUAGCGUUCUUCCUGGUAGAAAGGGCAGGGCGCAGGAAAUUGCUCCUCACUGGCUUCCUGUCUGUAGCCCUUUGCAAUUUACUUAUGACCAUCACAGAUACCAUGCUGCAUGUAGCCCCAGACAUUCGCAGUAUUCAGGUACUGGUGGUCUUUUUCCUGAUCUCAGCAUAUGAGGUGGGACCAGGGCCCAUCUCCUGGUUCAUUGCUGCUGAGCUUUUUGACCAGUCUGCCCGUCCCAUUGCCAUGGCCUUCACCAGCAUGCUUAACUGGGGAGGAAAGUUCUUGCUAGCCCUCUUUUUCCCACCCCUAUUGAAACUGUGUGGUGCCUACGUCUAUCUUAUGUUCAUGGCGAUGGGCCCUGUUCGCAUUCAUGUCCACAUGUUGCAUCUACCAGAAACCAAGGGGCGGACCUUUGAUGACAUUGCUGCAGAGUUUCGUGGGGCUGAGUUGCAUUCCCCUGCAUACAAGAUGGGUUUCAAUACUUUCACCUGAGGACAACAGUUACUACAUGUUAAGUCCAGCCCACAGGCUCUUCUGCCUCAAUGCUUGUACAUGAUUUAGUUAUAAUGUAAAAGU